CCGCUCCUCCCGGACUCUUGUCAGUGCCAAGCUUCUUCGAGUCACGGCCCGCGAGAACUUCCGUGCCAGACUCUAGGGGCCGGGUCGGAACAUGGCUGCGUCGGGUCUGGAUCAUCUCAAAAAUGACUACAGAAGAAGAUUUUGCCGACCUGUCAGAGUACCUGACAUUAAUUCGAAGCAAGGCCAGAACAUACUGGAAAUCUUACAAGACUGUUUUGAAGAAAAAAGUCUUGCCAAUGACUUUAGCACAGAUUCUACAAAAUCAUUGCUUUAUUCAACACCUAAAAUAGGAGACAUUUGUAUUCAGUCACCAAGGAAAGAGUGCCAGAAAUCUCAUCCGAAGUCAGUUCCAGUUUCUUUAAGGAAGAAAGAAGCCUCUGUGCAGUUCAUUGUAGAACCAAGUGAAGUUGUCAACAGAUCAGUUCAAGACCAUGAAGUUCAUCAGCAAAUUUUGGCAACUGAUGUUGGUUCUAAAAAUACACCUGACUCGAGAAAAAUGUCAAGAAAAAAACUAAAAGAUCAUCACAGUGAAGCCGAUGAGGAAUUAUACUUAUCUGUUGGCUCACCUUUUGUUCUUUUGGAUGCAAAAGCUUCUGUAUCGCAAAAUGCGAUUACAUCUAUUGCCCAAAAGAGAGAGACCUACCCUUCUGAAAAUUCAGUGAAUGCAUUGUCUUCAAGUACAGAGAUUUCUCUUAAAACCAGAAAAAGGUUAAACUUUGAAGAUAAAAAUUCUUUGAAGAAAGUAGAAAUAGCAAAUAAAAUAUCAGAAAUAGAGGAUAAAGUAUCAGAAGAACCACAAGAGAGGAAAUCGUCAAGAACGUGUCAGAAAAGAGUACCAGAUUCAGAAGAUGAAAUUCAGCCACAAACUAAAAAGAGUUUUUCAACAUUGUUUUUAGAAACUGUAAAAAGAAAAAGUGAAUCCAGUCCUAUUGUUAGGCAUAUAGCAACUGCUCCACUUCACUCAUCUCCUUCAAAUGACCUAAAGUUGUUAGAGGAUGAAUUUAUAAUUGAUGAAUCAGAAAGAAGUUUUGCCAGUCGAUCUUGGAUUACUGUACCCAGAAAGGCUGGGCCUCUGAAACAGUGCACAGUAUACCCUGCAGAGAGCUCUGCACUCCUUCAAAGUAAGAAGUCGAGAGAAAAACAUCACAAUGUAUCACCUGCAACUUUGACAAGUGACAAACAUUCUGACACAGAUUACCCAAUAGAGAAAUCUCAGCCCUCUGAACAAAAAAGACUGGGUAGGAGUUGUGCUUUGACAAAUGAACUGGAAAAUCAUUAUAGAUCUACAAAAUAUGAAAUGUAUUAUGAGAAUGCAGAGAAAUCAUCUGGAAAGAAAAGGACUAUAAAACAAAAACAGAGAAGAAAAUUUAAGGACAGUGUACUUGAAGAACAGGUUGAUAUGGAACAAUCUAAAGAUAAAAAUAUAAAUAUGUCACGUAUCACCCAAGGUAAGUUACAGAGAAAUUCAGAAAAUACGGAAAAGUGUGAAGAGAUGGUAAAUGUUGAUAUUUCCAAAAAACAGAUGCUGCCUGUGGGAAGCAAGAAAAAUAGCACCAAUGUUCCUUAUACAGAGACUCAGAAAAAAGAUAAGGAAUAUAAAAAGAAGCAUUUUCCCAGUGGGUCCAAGAAGAAUAAACUUGUACCUGAAGAAGUGACUUCAACUAUUACAAGAAGUCGAAGAAUUUCCAGGCGUCCAUCUAAUUGGUGGGUGGUAAAGUCAGAACAGAGUCUUGUUUAUAGCAAUUCUUCAAGAAGAAAUGAAUUGUCAGUGCGUCACAACAGUAGACGAAAACCUGCUGAAAAAUCAAAUCAAUCAUCUAAGAAUAUUGAGGAAAAAACCAUUCCAUUUAAAGGGCAGAAGAGAACUACUUUGGGCAGCUCAAGAGCACAGGAGUUUUUAAAUACUAAAGAUUCUGGAAGAAUUAUUGACCAUGAUGAAAUUUCCGGUUGUUCCCAGAAUGAGUCAUUGGAAAAUGAUGAGGAAGACCUGGCUAAGAAGAAAAAUCUUGAUCAUUCUGGAGGUACAAGAAGCACAAAGGAUCAAGAUAAUAUGACUGGACAAAAUGUUCAUCUGAAGUCUCAGAUCAGGAGAUUUACACGCAAGACACCAGCAGAAUCUAACUUGGAUUCUGGAGAGCCUAAGACUUCAGUUUUGGAAGGAAGUGGACCUUUCAGGCUCAAGAAUUACUUAACAUCUGGAAAGAAUAAUUCUGAUGUGGAUGACAAGGAAGUUCAGAAAAGUUCAAGUGACUCAAGAGUAAAAAUAUCUACAGUAAUACCGGAGAAUAAAAUACAUCACAAGUUAGUAUUGCCUUCCAACACACCAAAUGUUCGCAGGACCAAGAGAACACGAUUGAAACCUUUGGAAUAUUGGCGGGGAGAGAGAAUAGAUUAUCAUGGAAGGCCAUCAGGAGGAUUUGUGAUUGGUGGAAUACUGUCCCCAGACACAGUGUCACCUAAAAGGAAGUCAAAAGGAAACAUUGGAAAAGUCAACAGAAUGGAUAAUAGGAAAAGGAUCUGUCUUGAUAAUGAGGAAAGAAAGAAUAAACUCAUGGUAAAUCUGAGUAUACCUCUGGGAGAUCCAUUGCAGCCAACAAGGGUAAAGGACCCAGAAACAAGAGAGAUUAUUCCCAUGGAUCUUUUAAGGCCACGAGAUACGUAUCAAUUUUUUGUUGAGCAUGGUGAGUUGAAAGUGUAUAAAACACUGGAUACACCUAUUUUUUCUACUGGAAAAUUAAUAUUAGGACCACAUCAAGAAAAGGGAAAGCAGCAUGUUGGCUCAGAUAUAUUGGUUUUUUAUGUUAACUUUGGUGACCUUUUAUGUACCUUACAUGAAACACCUUAUAUAAUAACAACUGGGGAUUCGUUCUAUGUUCCUUCAGGUAAUUAUUACAACAUCAAAAAUCUCCUGAAUGAGGAAAGUGUUCUUCUUUUUACUCAGAUAAAAAGAUGAAAGAUGAAGCAAAGUUUAAAUACGUAUGUGUGUCUAUAUAUAUAUAGACACACACACACAUAUA